GGUGACACCGACACGGCCCUAGUUGCUGUUUCGUCCGCCAAGGGCGCUGCCAUCACCACUUGCACCCGUCUUCACUUACUCGCUUUAGCAAUCGUGCUUUAGGAGCAUGUUGGAGUUAACUGUGGUGUUUUAAUGUCAUGCAAAUCGUUAACAUUAAUAGUAGUCGUGUAAUGACUCCAGCCAAGAGACGCGAUUAAUGUUAUAUCGAGUCGAACUUGGUCAGUCAUUGGAUAAAGAGAUCUUUCGUUCGAACUAUAAUUAGUUAAUAAAAUGGAAGCGGGACACUACACCGGAGAGGGGAAACUUCCUCCGUCGACUUACUACAAUUCCCUAUCUGGUUCGGCUUGUUUCCCUCUCCCACUUCUAUACAAUCAAAUGAAUUCCUAUCCCUUUUUCUCCGGUCCAUUUCUACCAUUACAUCCUUGCGUACUACCACAGCACGGUCUACAGGAUUCUGCAGCACUCACCACUCCUCGCAACGUUUUAGCAUCGAGAGACUUGAUGAAGAAUGCCGAAAUGGCUAUGACACCCGUGACAUUCGACUACGUUCAAGCUAGACACAGAUCUUACAAAGAAAAACAUCAAAAUGACGUCCAAAGAUUAAACAUCAGGCAAGCUAACUUGGCAUCUAUGCUGGGAAUGCAAAAUAAUAACUGUGUCCCAGACGUCAAGAAAGUAGAAGCGGAAGGAAGCAACGAGGUAUAUCAAACGGAGCAGAAACCCUGUGACAUCACCCCCAGAGUACAAAACGAAGGCAAGAUAACUGAAGUUGGUCAAACCACCGAAAAUGGUGAGUUAUAUUUUUCAAAAAAUCAACAUAUAUCUUAA